UCACGUGACAGGGGACCGGCCGUUUGUCCCUCGUCACGUGACGGGGGGGGCGAUGGAGGAAUACGCUCGGGAGCCCUGCCCAUGGCGCAUCGUGGACGACUGCGGUGGAGCCUUCACCAUGGGCGUCAUCGGCGGAGGCGUAUUCCAGGCGAUUAAGGGCUUUCGCAAUGCUCCAGUUGGAUUCCGGCACCGGUUUUGGGGAAGUGUCAGUGCCGUGAGGAGCCGGGCGCCACAGAUCGGAGGCAGCUUUGCCGUGUGGGGUGGCUUGUUCUCCACCAUCGACUGUGGGCUGGUGAGGCUGCGGGGUAAGGAGGAUCCCUGGAAUUCCAUCACCAGCGGAGCGCUCACCGGUGCGGUGCUGGCUUCCCGCAGUGGGCCGCUGGCCAUGGUGGGUUCUGCUAUGAUGGGUGGCAUCUUGUUGGCCCUGAUCGAGGGCGUCGGCAUCCUUCUCACCCGCUACACAGCUCAGCAGUUCCAGAACCCUGCCCCCUUUGUGGAGGACCCCAGCCAGUUGCCCCCCAAGGAGGGCCCUGCUCCAACCAGUUACCAGGGCUAUGGACAGUACCAGUGAAGCUGCCCCGGGAGAGGAAGAAGUGGCGGGCCAAGCCUCUCCCCAAAGUGGAGUUGGUUUGAACCUUCACACUUGCUACCUCUCUGGUGGGCAGGAGAGAGCCAAACAGUGUUGUUGGGAGGUGUCGGGGGAGGAUGGUUGGGGUGUCUGGGACUGGGGGAAGAGGGAGCGGGGAUUUCAUCUCAGGGAGCUCUACCUACCUCAGGCUCCGCCCCAGCUGUUGGAGGAAGUAGCCCCAGGGCAGGUACCACCGAUACGCCGCUUCCUCCAGUUGGGGGGCUACAGGACUAGGGAAGGGGUGAGCUUUCUUGCUUCCGCUUAGGGCAGGCAGUGAAGCUCCCCCCUCGCCUUCUGCCCGUGUUAGGGAAGCCGGGUUCAGUGAGACCAAUCGGUUUUCUUCCGCCACUUCCAUUAAACCGGAGCCAUUCCUCCAAAGCGGGAGCCUCCCCCUCCCGCCCCGGUUUUCUCCAGCGUCUGAGAGGUAGGAUCCCUAGGGGCAUUUUCUCCAGCACCUGAGAUGUAGUAUCCCUAGGGGCCCCUCCCUCAGGCACCCCCCCACCCUCCCCCGCCACCUCCACAAACCAGUUCCCUGCCCUUUCCCUUUUUUCAAGCUCUGUAUUUAAAAUCAAUGUGGGACAGAACA